AUGGACAGCAGUAUGCCAUUAACAAUGCCAGUUCUUAACGGAAAAUACAUAAUGCUUAGCACUUUAGGAGAGGGCAACACAUCCAAAGUCUACUUGGCCCAAACAAUAAGCGACCCUAAAACUUAUGUCGCAGUCAAAGUUUUAAGAGAUGAAUUCUUGAGAAGAGAUGAAGAUUCUAGAAAAGCUGUAGUCAAUGAAGUAGUGAUCCUCCAAGCUUUGAAGCACCCAAAUAUCAUUAAGAUUCUAGAGUAUGGUGAUAACGGUCAGGUGUUCAAACCUUCAGGAAAAGUACUGACAGGAUUAAUAUAUAUAGUACUAGAGUAUGUUUAGGGAGGUCUGUUAUUUGAUGUAUGCCAGUUAGUAGGUGGCCUAGGUGAAGAUGGCGGAAGAUAUUUCUUCAAACAGAUGCUCAAAUCAAUUGAGUACAUGAACUUGAAGAACGUAUCUCACAGAGAUCUCAAGCUAGAAAACAUUCUAGUCGACAAUGACCUCAAUUUGAAGAUAGCUGAUUUCGGUUACGCUUCUUAUCAAAAAAUUGAUUUGCUCAAGUCCUACAGAGGCACAUUUACUUAUAUGGCUCCUGAGAUUAAGUUGAACCUUACAUACAAUGGUCUCAAGGUUGAUCUAUUCUCAUCAGGAGUUAUUCUAUUCAUUUUGAUCAGAGGAAUUUUCCCUUUCAAGGAGGCUAGAGAGGAGGAAUUUUUCUAUAACUUACUGAUGAAGGGUAAAUAUACCGAAUACUGGGAGAAAGUGCAAGGCAACUAUCUAUCAGAUGAAUGCAGAGACUUACUUCAAAGACUGUUCUCAUUCGAUCCUAGUCAAAGACCAAGCAUUGAAGAGAUCUGGAAUCAUCCCUGGAUGAACGACAAAAAUGGUUUAAGUGAUUAAGAAUCAAAAUAAGGAAUUAUGUAACUGAUCAUUCAAGCAAGAGACGAAUAGUCAUAACAAAGACAAAAGAUGAAGAGCUCAAAGCCAAAAGGUUAUCACAGAGGAGCUGAGGAUGAGCUUAACAUUGUAUCUGAUAAGCCUUAUGUUGCAACCUAUAAAUUCAACAACUUCGGAGAAUUCAUGACUGAGUCUAAGCCUCAUGAGGUUUAUGAAAUUCUAAACCAGUAUAGAGCUGAGGGGAAUCCCGACCUAAUUCUGACUUCAGAUAAAGAAAAGAAGAGAAUAAUAAUUGAAAAUUAAAAGGACUCAUUGAAGUUACAUCUUAAAUUCUACAAAAUAGGCGAAGAUGAGGAUGAUGAGAGAGUAAAGAUGAGAUUCUAAAGAAAGCAAGGAGACCUCCAGGCCUAGUACCUGUUGAUUAGUGAACUUAUGGCAUUCUUAAAUGAAAUCAUCCUUGAUGAUGAGGAAGAAGAAGAAGAAGAAGAAGAUUAAGAGUGA